CUUCUAGUGCCUGUGCUGUUCCUAACUGAAGUUGCCUCAAGCCAUGGCUGAUCUUGCGAUCUGGAUGCUGCUGCCUUUAAGAACGAAGGUAGCUGUACAGCAUGACUAAUCACUUCAUCAGAAGUUCACGUACCUCCAGAGCCCAUGUGGAGUUCUCAACGCAUCGUUGCUAGGUUAGCUAGAAAAGUUGGUGCAGAAGAAUGAACUUCCUUAGACAAAUCAGACUUCUACUCUGGAAGAACUGGAUUCUUCGGAAAAGACAAAAGCUUCGUCUUUUGGUGGAGCUUGUGUGGCCUCUGUCAUUAUUUCUUGUCCUUGUGUGGCUGAGGAAGGCUAAUCCACUAUAUCACCAACAUGAAUGUCACUUCCCAAACAAGGCAAUGCCAUCUGCAGGAACACUGCCAUGGUUACAUGGCAUCUUCUGCAACAUGCACAACCCUUGUUUCCGCAGCCCAACCCGUGGAGAGAGUCCAGGUGUUGUGUCCAACUACAACAACUCCAUCCUUGCAAGAGUAUAUAAAGAUGCUCAAGAGCUCUUAUUGGAAGCCCCUGAAAUCCAUGACCUUGGCAGAGUCUGGGAAGAACUGAUCAUUAUGACUCAGUUUAUGGAAACAAUGAGAACUAAUCCUGAAAGAAUUGCAGGAAGAGGAAUACGAAUUCUAGACAUUUUGAAAGAUGGGGAGACUCUCACUUCCUUCUUGCUGGAAGAUGCUGGUCUCCCAGAUGUUGUUGUUUUCCAGCUUAUUAAUGCUCAAGUGCGCCCUGAACAGUUUGCCUAUGGUGUACCCAACUUGACUCUGAAGGACAUUGCUUGCAGUCAGAUGCUCCUGGACCGCUUUAUUAUCUUCAGCAGCAGAAGAGGUCUCCCUGCUGUCCACAAGGCCAUGUGUGCCCUCUCCCAGGAAAGCCUACAGAGAGUGGAAGAUGCCUUGUAUGCAAAUGUUGAUUUCUUUAAGCUAUUUCAGCUGCUUCCCACUGUGUUGGACAGAAACUCACCAGGUGUUGAUCUGAGGUCUUGGGGAAGGGUGCUGUCUAAUAUCUCCCAAGCAGCACAAAAGCUAGCCAGGAAGCCAAGCGUUCAGGACCUUUUCAGGGUUUUACAAUCAUUUGUACAAGAUGGAAGAACUGAAUCCUUAGGCCACUUGGUGAGCUCCAUGUCUGAUCUUUUCUGUGGCUACCCAGAAGGAGGUGGAUCCAGAGUGCUUUCAUUCAACUGGUAUGAAGAUAACAACUACAAGGCUUUCCUGGGGAUUGACUCUACAAAGAAAUCCAGUUAUCUUUAUGAUAAUACAACCACACCCUUUUGUAACGCAUUGAUCCAGAAUUUGGAAUCAAACCCUUUAACCAAAAUAGCCUGGAGUGCUGCAAAGCCCCUGCUGAUGGGAAAAAUUCUCUUUGCUCCUGAUUCACCAUCUGUACGGCAAAUCCUAAAAAACGCAAACACCACUUUUGAGGAACUUGAACGCCUCAGACUGUUGACCAAAGCUUGGGAAGAAGUAGGACCUCAGUUGUGGUACUUCUUUCAAAACAGCCUGCAAAUGAAUAUGAUCCGUGACUCUUUGAAGCAUCCCACAGUGAGGGACUUCUUGAACAGACGGAUGGGUGCUGAAGGCUUAACUGCUGAACACAUUAUCAACUUUCUCCACAAUGGGUCUCCGGGGACCAGGGAAAAGGGAAUGGUGGACUUUGACUGGCGGAACAUCUUCAGUGUUGUAGACCAAGCUCUGCAUUUGCUCAAUCAGUAUCUGGAGUGCUUGAUCUUGGAUAAAUUUGAAGGUUAUCGUGAUGAAACCCAGCUGACUCAUCAAGCCCUUCACCUGCUAGAGGAAAACAAAUUCUGGGCUGGUGUGGUUUUUCCAGAUAUAGAGCCUAUAGCAAGCAGUCUUCCACCACAUGUGAAAUACAAGAUCCGGAUGGACAUAGAUGCAGUGGAGAAAACAAACAAAAUCAAAGACAGGUACUGGGAUCCUGGUCCAAGAGCUGAUCCCGUGGAUGAUUUACGUUAUAUAUGGGGAGGCUUUGCGUAUCUCCAAGACAUGAUUGAGCAUGGGAUUAUAAAGACACAGACCAACACUGAAGUGCCAAUAGGAAUUUAUCUGCAGCAAAUGCCAUAUCCAUGUUUUGUGGAUGAUGUCUUUAUGAUCACCUUAAACCGCUCCUUUCCCAUCUUCAUGGUGCUAGCUUGGAUAUAUUCUGUUUCCAUGACUGUGAAAAGUAUAGUGCUGGAGAAGGAAAUGCGUCUGAAGGAGGCGAUGAAGAACAGGGGCAUCACCAAUGGGGUGAUUUGGUGCACUUGGUUCCUAGACAGCUUCAUCAUGAUGGCUGUGAGCACAUUCCUCCUCACAGCACUGAUUAUGUGCGGCCAAGUGCUACAUUAUAGCAGUCCACUUCUCUUCUUCCUAUUCCUACUGACCUUCACUACAGCCACCAUAAUGCAGUGUUUCUUGUUCAGCACCUUCUUCUCCAAAGCAAAUCUGGCAGCUGCCUGCAGUGGAGUCCUGUACUUCACCUUGUACCUGCCUCACAUUGUCUGCUUUGUCUGGCAAGACCGCAUGACUGUUAAUCUGAAGAUCCUAGCAAGUUUGCUUUCUCAAGUAGCUUUUGGUUUUGGUACAGAAUACUUGUCGCGCUAUGAAGAGCAAGGUCUUGGCCUACAGUGGGGUAACAUCAGAACCAGUCCCUUGGAAGGAGAUGAAUAUAGUUUUCUGUUUUCCAUUAAAAUGAUGCUUUUUGAUGCUUUUCUGUAUGGAAUACUUUCUUGGUACCUUGACAAUGUUUUUCCAGGGGACUAUGGGCUACCACAGCCUUGGUAUUUCCCUUUGCAGGAAUCUUACUGGUUUGGCUCUAGAAACCCAAAAGCUGAAAAAACAGCAACUGCUGAUGAAAACAGUCCACAGUCAGAAUGCUGUGUGGAUCAGAAGGCCAUGGAAGGGGAAAAAAAUGAAAACAGAACAAAGAAAUCUGAAGAACCUGAAAAGCCAGAAGAAAAGAGUGACAACCAGGGGGAGAAGGACGGUAAAAACAAACAAUGUAAACACAAACGAGAAAAAGAACCCGGCGAGCAGGGGAUGCCUAAGACAGAUGUCCAGGACAAAGAUGAAAUGAAUAUAAAUACCUUCUGUGAACCUGAGCCAACAGGAUUGAUUCCAGGAGUAUGUGUUCAGAACCUGGUGAAGAUUUUUGCGAACAGGCCCAAGCCAGCAGUAGAUGGGAUGAAUAUUACUUUUUAUGAGGGCCAGAUCACAGUGUUUCUUGGUCACAAUGGAGCAGGAAAGACAACCACCAUGUCAAUACUGACAGGCCUCUUCCCACCCACCUCUGGAACUGUGCUGAUUGGUGGCCUGGAUAUUCAAACUCACAUGGAUUCCAUCCGGCAACGAUUAGGCAUGUGCCCUCAGUACAACAUCCUAUUCAAUCACCUUACUGUAGCAGAACACAUAUUGUUUUAUUCCCAACUGAAAGGGAGAUCCAGGGAUGAAGCUGAACAAGAGCUGGAAAUGAUGCUAGAGGACAUGGGCCUCACCCAUAAAAGGAAUGAAGAGGCUCAGAAUUUGUCAGGUGGAAUGCAAAGAAAACUCUCUGUUGCCAUUGCUUUUGUUGGUGAAGCGAAAGUGGUAGUUUUGGAUGAGCCCACUUCUGGAGUCGAUCCAUAUUCCAGGCGAUCUAUCUGGGAUCUUCUGCUGAAGUAUCGCUCAGGCAGAACCAUCAUCCUCUCAACCCAUCACAUGGAUGAGGCAGACAUUCUUGGAGACAGAAUAGCUAUCAUAUCCCAAGGAAAACUCUUCUGCUCAGGCUCCCCUGUAUUCCUUAAGAACUGCUUUGGAUCUGGCUUCUAUCUCACUCUUGUUCGCAAGAUGAAAAACACCAGAAUUGUAAGGAAUGCAUCAUUUUGUAGCUGUGGAUCUCAGUGUUCCUGCUCCUGCUCCAGCUGUGCACACAGGGACAAAGAAGGAACUCAAGUGCAGGAACUGGAUGGAGAUCUGAAUGAGCUAGCAGAAGUAAUUCAUCAUCAUGUCCCAGAAGCAAAAUUAAUUGAAAGCAUUGGUCAAGAACUUACUUACCUGUUGCCCAGUAAGCACUUUAAACAGCGAUCUUAUGCCAGUCUCUUCAGAGAACUGGAGGAAACAUUGGAUGACCUGGGACUUAGCAGUUUUGGAGUUUCAGACACUCCACUUGAAGAGGUUUUCCUAAAGGUCACAGCAGAAGCUGGCCCUGAAAUGCAAAAAGCAGGAGACAAUCAAGAAAAUGGUUCUACUUGUGGCAAAAUUUCUACUGAGAACAAAACAGCUGAACAACCCCCACUGGAAACCAAUGACACUUCUCAAAUGUCAGUAGGCAUAGCAGGAGAUCGAAAUGAAGGCAAAGGGUCCCGGAAGUAUAAAGGUUUUCAGCUUGUACAUCAGCAAAUCAAAGCACUGUUCAUCAAACGGUUCCACCAUGCCUCCCGCAGCCACAAGGACUUCCUAGCCCAGAUUGUUCUCCCUGCUAGUUUUGUGUUGCUGUCUUUAAUGCUUACAGUCAUUAUUCCUCCAUUUGGAGAAUAUCCUGCCUUAACCUUACACCCUUGGAUCUAUGGACAACAGUUCACUUUCUUCAGCAAUGAGCGUCCUGGCAGCGAGCAGAUGGUCUUCCUUACUGAUGCUUUCUUGAAUAAACCUGGAUUUGGAAAUCGCUGUUUGAAGAAUCAGCCCCUUACGAACUACCCGUGCAAUAAUAUGCCAACUGCCUGGAAUACCCCUGCUGUUCAUUCUAAUAUAAGCAGCCUCCUGCUGAGCCAAAAGUGGAGCUCUGAGAAUCCUUCACCUUCCUGCAAGUGCAGCACUCGCAAGAAACUCACCAUGCUGCCAGAAUGCCCCCCAGGAGCAGGAGGCCUCCCACCACCACAGAGAGUGCAGCACAGCACAGAAAUUCUUCAAGAUCUGACCCACAGAAAUAUCUCAGAUUUUCUGGUGAAAACAUAUCCUGUUUUGAUAAAAGGAAGCUUGAAGAGCAAAUACUGGGUCAAUGAGCAAAGAUAUGGAGGAAUUUCUAUAGGAGGAAAGCUCCCUGUCCUUCAAGUUUCUGGAGAUGAAGUUGUCAGUUUUUUCAGUGAUUUGUGCCGAAUGAUGAAUGUGACAGGAGGACAAACUUCACUGGCUGCUGCUAAAGAAUUUUCUAAUUUCCUUAAAUACAUGGAAACUGAAGAUAAUAUUAAGGUGUGGUUUAACAAUAAAGGCUGGCAUGCUAUGGUUAGUUUCCUAAAUGUAGCCAACAAUGCAAUCCUUAGAGCUAACCUGCGGACUGGACAAGCUCCUGAGGAGUAUGGGAUCACUGUUGUAAACCAUCCUCUGAACCUCACUAAGGAGCAACUCUCUGAGGUCACUGUGCUGACCACUUCAGUGGAUGCUCUUGUUGCCAUCUGUGUGAUUUUUGCCAUGUCCUUUAUCCCAGCCAGUUUUGUUUUAUACCUGAUUCAAGAACGUGUGACGAAAGCCAAACAUCUCCAGUUUGUCAGUGGUGUGAGCCCUGCUAUCUACUGGCUAACUAACUUCAUGUGGGACAUAGUGAAUUAUGCAGUGAGUGCUGGACUGGUUGUGGUUAUAUUUGCUGGAUUCAAGAAGAAAGCAUACACUUCUCCAACUAACCUCCCCGUGCUUGUUGCUUUGCUGCUUCUGUAUGGAUGGGCAGUAAUUCCCAUGAUGUACCCUGCUUCUUCUUUCUUCAGCGUCCCUAGCACUGCUUAUGUUGCAUUGUCUUGUAUUAAUCUCUUUGUGGGGAUCAACAGCAGUGCCGUUACAUUCAUCCUGGAGCUAUUUGAAAAUAACCCAACUUUGCUAAAAUUUAAUAAAACAUUGAAAAAUGUGCUGAUUGUCUUCCCACACUUUUGCCUGGGCCGUGGACUCAUUGACUUGGCCAUAAACCAAGCUGUGAGUGAAGUUUAUGCCAGGUUUGGUGAGGAGCAUGUUUCCAAUCCUUUUCAGUGGGACUUUGUUGGAAAGAACCUGGUUGCCAUGGCUGUUCAAGGAGUUGCAUUCUUCAUUCUGAAUCUCCUUAUGCAGCACCGUUUAUUCUCCUCAAGAUGGUUUGCUGAGACUACCAAAUCACCUGUUAUUGAUGAAGAUGAGGAUGUUGCAGAAGAAAGAAAAAGAAUUAUGAAUGGAGGGAAAAAAACAGAUAUCUUAGAAUUACAAGAACUGACCAAGAUUUAUGCAGGUAGGCACAAGCCGGCAGUGGACAGGCUCUGUGUUGGCAUCCGUCCUGGAGAGUGCUUUGGUCUUUUGGGAGUCAAUGGUGCUGGCAAAACAACAACAUUCAAAAUGCUGACUGGAGAUACUGAUGUGACAUCUGGAGAUGCUAUAGUGGCUGGCAAUAGUAUAUUGACUGACAUUUCUAGUGUCCAUCAAAACAUGGGAUACUGUCCUCAGUUUGAUGCCCUUGAUGACCUGCUCACAGGACGAGAACAUCUGUAUUUAUAUGCACGCCUGCGAGGGGUUCCAGCAGAGGAAAUCAAGAGGGUUGCAGAAUGGGGCAUCCAGAAGCUGGGACUUCCCAUGUACGCAGACCAGCUGGCUGGUACCUACAGUGGUGGCAACAAGCGCAAGCUCUCCACUGCCAUUGCACUCAUAGGCUGCCCACCACUCAUCUUGCUGGAUGAACCAACUACUGGAAUGGACCCUCAUUCCCGGCGCCUCCUGUGGGACUCUAUUGUCAGCGUGCUCAGAGAUGGACGAGCUGUGGUUCUAACUUCACACAGUAUGGAGGAAUGUGAAGCUCUCUGUACUCGUCUAGCCAUCAUGGUAAAAGGUACCUUCAAGUGCCUGGGCACAAUUCAGCAGCUAAAAUACAAGUUUGGAGAUGGCUACAUUGUCACUCUGAAAAUCAAAGCUCCAAAGGCAGGGCUGCCUCCAGAUCCUAGUCGUGCUGAGCAAUUCAUACGCAUAAACUUCCCAGGGAGUUUACAGAGAGAGAAACACUACAACAUGCUGCAGUACCAGAUUUGCUCGUCCUCUCUGGCUAAGAUUUUUCGAUUAAUAAUCUCCAAUAAGGAAAACUUGCAUAUUGAAGAAUACUCUGUCUCUCAAACAACUUUAGAUCAGAUUUUUGUGAACUUUGCUAAGCAGCAGAUGGAGGAUGAGGAAAUUCCUUUGCAUCCCCGUGCAGCUGGAGCCAGUCGAGAAGCGAAGGUGUCCCCUGCUUUGCAUCAGCAAGCAGUUGCAUAGACUAUUCCUACAGUCACUAGCACUUAGUGUGCCAUACCAGAGCAGUAAAAAGUAAAACAAGACUCCUAGGCUCAGUAUUAUCCUGAUUUUUCAUACCUUUCCAAGAACUGUGCUCGCAACUCCCUAGCAACAGCAAACUUCUGCUACUCUACCAGGAACAGUGCAUACAGCGCGUGCUCAAAGUGUUGAAGUAAAGGCUGAUACUUGGUUCUACAACGAAAUCUUCUAACGUAAAGUUCAUUUAAGAUACAAGAAGAGAAGUCACAUUCCUCCUUGUUGACAUGUAAAGAGCAUUAAAACCAGUUUCUCUAUCUGGCCCUUUCAGGCUGAUAGGUUUUUCUCAUUUAACUUGUUUUUCAUUCUUGGCAAUGGAAAUAGACAGUUGUCUCAGCAAAAAUGAGAAGAAAUCGUUAAGAUCUCAGACCCAGGCAAGAAUUUGCUUAAAAGAAAACAUCUUAAUGAAAAUUAUUUCAUACCCACUCAUCUUCAAGUUCAGAAAUAGAAACAGAAUAUCAAAUUGGGGUUUAAAGAAAACAGAGUAUGUGCAAAUUGGCCCAAAGUUCAGUUUUAUCAUGGAGGCUUGGAAAAACAUCUUUGUUACUGAACAAGAUCAAACUUUUCUUCUUUCCUGUGACCUGGACCUCAAGUGGGAGUGUAGUGUGAGUAGGGUAUGUGUUUUGUCCGUGUUCAGGAGAAUUUCACCAGCUUGUACUCCACACUGCACUCGGUGGGAAAUCAUUUGACAUUUAGCUCUUUUGUCUGGUUCACAGUUAAACUAGUGGAAAAUAACAGUACUUAAAACAAAUUCAUAAUGAUGUAUUGCUUCAGUUAUCUAAGAAAUCAUUUCAUUUCCAAGAAAUCUCCAAGAUGUGAUACAGAAAUAAAAUUUGGGUCAUGUUUUUUUUAUUAUUAUUUUUUUUUCUUCAGUUUAUCUUCUUAUUUAAUGAAAGUACAUUCUUGCUUUGUGCUUUACAAAAUAUUAUGAAACUUUGCCAACCAGCUGUAGUCUUCCUCUUUCGCCGUAAUUAUUUCAACUGAAUUCAAUGUAAAGGCUAGAAUUUAUUGCAUAUUUCACCCUUACAAAUAGCUGCAAAUCUUUCUAUACAUCCAUUAUAAAUAAAUUAAUCAUAAAACAAAA